CGACAACGCCUGAAGUGACGACAACGCAAGAAAUAACAACACUUGAACUAACAACACCAGAUUUGACCACCGCUGAAGACACUGCGACCAUGCAGAUGACAACUAUGUUGGAAACAACUGAGCUAGAAACAACAUGGGGUCCGUCAACCACAUUAGAACCAUUAACAACAGCUGCACCCAGAACAACGACGCCGGAGGACGAGUACUAUCCCAUGGUUGUUGAUGUGGGUGUGAGAACGUGGGAUGGUGGAAUAAAGGAAGAAGAAACAAUAAAACAUACGAUACCUUCAGAGUUGACGAAAGAGGAUCUUAUCCCAACGAAGAAGCAUGACGAGGACCCCAAAUACGCCUUCAUCUCGUCUGCAGAGGAGCAGGCGGAGGACAGACCGAACAAGCCGGGAUUUGACGGUGAUGAUUUUAUUUUGGAACCGAAACACAAUAGCGUCGAAGUCACCGAUACCGGGUCAGGGGUGAACCCCCAGGCGGACCAACAGAGGGACCCCGUGCCCGACAACCGGCCCAUCCCGCUCCCUGUCCGCCUGCCCUCCGGACAUCCCUCCGCGGACAAGAAAGGAGACUUGCACGUGGGGUCCAAGGGUAGGGAGAACGUUCCCAAGUUCUCCAGCCUUGAGGAGGAACUGUAUCCGCCCUUCAUGUUAAAGUCAGGGGACGGUGUGUUGGGAGGAGACAAGGUGGAGAGAUCAGACAUGCCGGUGAACUGUGCGGUGUCUGCCUGGUCUCCGUGGGGCCAGUGUUCCACCACGUGCGGACUGGGCAUCAAACGGGCGACACGCUGGGUCACACAGGCUCCAGAGAAUGGCGGUGAGCCGUGCCCUGCUCUGCUGAGGGAGGGGAUCUGUAUAAACGACCCGUGCCCGGGGGUCGAGAUGUGUCUGUUCGACUGUAACUCCAGAUACAACUACCGCUUCAUACCCUACAAACGUAAAUUCGGACAGGAACCGUAGUCUUUAUACGCGGAAUGACAGAGCCAUGCUGUUCAUAUUGAAUUAUUUUUGUAUAACACACGCGAUUGUGUGUGUGUGUUUAGUUCGAUUACAGAUCAAAGAUAUGAUUGACAGAAGUGGUCUGCUACACAAUUUCUUAUUUCUGCAUAUUGAAAUAUCAAAUACCAGAGAGGCACCAAAUUGUAUGUAUUAUUUUGACAGAUGUAACAACAUGAUGUGUAACACAUAAGGAGGGAUAUUUCUGGCUUAUAAUUUAUAUUAAGAUCAUAUUCAAAAUGGCAGGUGCCUUAAGAAAGUAUGCCAGCAUCAUAAAAUGUCACCGUUCCAAAAUGUGUUUGUUGAUAUGUCAUUAGGACAACCGCCUUCCUGAACAGAACGCGUUUGGUCAGAUAUAUUGCAAGAAUAUAUUUUGACAGAGAUUGCCAUACUAUGCCUAUCGAUCGUAUGAAAUAUUAUAUUUCACUAACAGCAAAUGUUGUAUGAUAUGCCUUAAAGUGAAGAGCUGUAACUUAUUGUAAGAUGUUUUUAUUAUAUCUCAUUCUCAACUGA